UCCUCACAAUUAUUGAAUCAUUGAUUGAAAAAUUUCAUGUGAAAAUGAAUAUUGGAUAAAUUUAAUUUCCAACAAUUUGCAUAGAUAGACCGCUUAAAUCAAGAUUGUCAUAACUUUCAAACUUGAUCUAAAAUAUUUUAGAACACUUUAUAUUAUUAGAAAAAAGAUAUCGAAUACAAAAAGGUAAAAGUAGAAAAUCCAGAAAGUAAACGAGAGGAAAACAAUCCAUCUUUAUUAAUGUAACAUAACAUUCUCCGCUUCUUUGUUCUCGAUAUUUUAUUUCUACAAAAUCAUUGGAAACUAUCAAUCGUCCUUGUUUUGAAUUCGGGAGAGCUAAGCUCGAUUUAAAAUUCGCGCGCGACAGCGAUUCGAAAAGCCCGCGCUCGGCUCGGCUCCGCUCGGGUCGCGUCGGUCGCGCUCGGCCGCGCACUCGCUCGCGGAACGAAACGGGUUCGGCGGCCGCCGGGUCUGGGAAUUCAGCAGAAGCUCCGGGAGCUCCGGUGUUCCGUUCGCUAGUCGCAGGGUUCGACCGCUCGUGGACGGGUCGUGGGUACGUAGAGAAGAGGAACGUGGUGCGGUGCGUGGCGCGUGAGAAAGUCCACGAAGACGACGCAGAGACGCGCGCGGACCGAAGGUAACGCCGAAAGUUCUUUCGCAAGCGCGGUGGGAGAGAGAGAGGAAAAGUGCGAAAAACUUGGGGAAGAAAAAGGAAGACGGAAGAAGGUGGGAGAGGAGGUGUACGUGGUGUUUCGCGAAGUAAAGCGAAGUCAGUGAUCAGUGGUUCUCUCUCUCUCUCUCUUAUUCGAUUCGAUCGAUCGUGCUACGUCGUAAAAAAAGAGAAGAAUAAUCAUCGAGCACGCUACUCCGCGAAAAUCCGCCUUCCUCUCUCUCUCUCUCUCCCCGUGACGACGGUGCAACACUCCUUUUCCUGCCUGUCUUCUCCCGUCCCUCCGAGUCCUCCCCACCGUUUCAUUCGUUUCCUCUUAGCCGCGUGCGCGUUUCCGCCGCUCUCUUCGGGGUUGCCGGCUGAGCCGAGGCUACGUCGACGCUCUCGGAACUCUCGCGGAGAAGGAGAAGCGCGCACAGGUGCAGGUGCAUGCAUAUAGAGGUUCCGCGAGCGGGGGAGGCGAGGAAGAAGGAAUCGGGGAGAGAAGAAGAAGAAGAAGAAAAAAAAGAGCGAAUAGGAAGGCGACAGCGACAGCGGGAGCAGACGGCGGAGGUCGCGCGUCGCGAGUGCUCGCGUACGGUGCGAAGUGCGCCGCGAAGGAGCACGAAUCGAAGUGGCAGGAUGGACGACACCGCGGACCCGCCGCGAACUUCGGACGUAACGGCGAUGGGGGGAGGCGAGAGCGACGAGGCUCCUACCUCCUCGAAGAUGUCGGACGUCCCAUCCGCUGACGCGGCUUCCUCCUCAGCCGAUAACGUCGCCGAGAACCGGGAAGGCUCGAUAAGAGCCGCGUCCCCGGGGCCGAGCCCCGUUGCCGCAACUACCUCCUGCCCGACGACGGCGAUGACGCCGCAGCCGCCGCAACCAGGGUGUGGCUGCGUCGCCGCCGCCGCAGCUGUCGCCGGCGACCGGGACGAGAUCACGGUGUGCAUCACGCCGACCACCGGCGGCCAGUUCGAGCUCGCGGUGGACCGCAACGACACCGUCGAGAGUCUCAAGAAGAUCAUCUCCAAGAAGCUCAAGGUCGCGAAGGAGCGCAUCUGCUUGCUGCACCGCGAGAGGCAGCUGCGCGAAGGAACGCUCGCGGAAAAUGGCCUACAGAACGACAGUCGGCUCACGUUGCUGCCGAGCGUGGAAACCGGACUGUUGGCACAACGGCCAGAGCAGAGUGUAAUGCAGGCCUUGGAGAGUCUGAAUGACUCACAGGUGAACGACUUCUUGUCCGGCAAAGCUCCGCUUAACCUAACAAUGCGAUUGGGUGAUCACAUGAUGCUGAUACAGCUGCAGCUGUCCACCGUAACCCCGGCAUCGCCGACUACCAAUCCAGCGACGAGCUCCACCAGCAACAGCAGCCACAGUUUACCCGCCAGUGGCAGUAGCACGAGCAACGUAUCCGGCUUACCUAGCGGCCAUGUUUCGUCCUCGUUGCAGGCCAGAAGAUGCCUGGCGGCUAGAUCGCCAGGGAACAUCGUCAAGUCGCAAAACGCCAGCGGUGGAUCGAGCGGUAGAACGUCGCAUCUGAUUAGCAGCCUCGCGAACGCCCUUCAUGCCGCCGCUGGUUACAGCAAUAGUAGCAAUACUCUGUCUACAGCAGGCAUCACCACCACCACCACCAGCCCGGUUUGCUCCAGUCGCGUUACGUCACUCUCGUCCGUCUCCGCGACGCCGAUCAGUCCGGUGCACUCGUCGUCGUCCUCGUCAGCGUCCAGUAAUUCGAGUCAGUCACCAUCCUCGCGCAGCAAUUCGCACGGCGUCUCGCCUACGAGCAGCGGGUCCUCCAACGCCUGCCAACCCUGUCCUCUGUAUCAUCACCACCAUCAUCAUCACGGCCAUCAUCACGGCCACCAUCACGGUCACCAUCAUCACCACCACCAUCAUCAUCAUCAUCACCAUUCGAGAAACAAGUCCGGCUUGCCAAAUCUUUCCGCCUCUUCCUCCGCCUCGGGUUCCGUCCCGAUGCAGGAGCAGACCAGCACCGUGGAGCCGACUAUGUCCCACGACACGAGUCUACCCAGGAAAAAGCUCUGUAGCGGCCAUCAUCAUCACGGCCAGCAAUCGUCAUCUGUUACUUUCAAUGGUAUCGACGUCACGAGGAGUCAGCACGACGAAUCGAAUCCACAGAGUCCCACUUGCACCUCGUCGCUGAUGCUGGAACAGUCGCCGCCGAAACCUGCCACUCUCGAUACCCGCGCGCUCGCCGAGGCUUCCCGGAACCUCACGCAGAAGCUGAAGCAGCUCUCCUCUGAGGUACUCACCUCGCGGGUCGACCUCGCAGAGGAGAACGCGAGACGUAGGCAAGGCGCGAUAAUAGAGAGUAUGCAUCACCACGGCAAGGGUGUCUAUUCUGGCACGUUCAGCGGCACUUUAAACCCAGCUCUGCAGGACAGACACGGUCGACCGAAGCGAGACAUCAGCACCAUCAUUCACAUUUUAAAUGAUUUACUCUGCGCGACGCCGGCUGCAUCCGCAGGCCACUACAGGCAUCAUCAUCAUAGGCAUUCUCACACCCGUCAACAGUCCUCGUCGAUGUCCACAUCCUCUGCCAAUACAACCACUGCGGGUGGAUCGAAUACGUCGGUCGGGUGUCAUGAUUCUACCCCAGGAUACUCCAACGAAGAAUUGUCAAAGGAGAACGAAGCGACAAAGGGCAAGAUGCGUCGGCUGCGCUUAGUCAUGGAGCAACGUCGCGCCAAAAGGAAAGCCAGGCGACAGGCUCGCGCGGCACCGUAUACCACGCAAUGGGCCGCGAUGACUCCUGCCGAUCCGAAUCACGAGCCGAACACGUCGACAGCGGCCUCGAGUACCACCACCACCACCACCACGAGCACCAACAGCGCGGAACCGCAGAACGAGCCGGAGCUUCAACCGUGCAGUCCCGAACCGGUCGUAGCUUAAAAUACUACCGAGUCACUAACGAGUCAAUUCACGGCACACAGUAGUAGUAGCAGCCUCUAUAUCGUAAUACAUAGAGAGUGUAAUUGUCUCUCUUUUACCCGUUCUUACCUGAUCGCACUGAUUUAUUCCAAGAAAAACUGAAAAAAAAAAUUAUAAUGCAGGGUCGAACGUGUCCUACCACGAUAAUUAGAUUCAUUUUUUUAUACAACUCUCGUUCCGUUCGAUACAAACGCUGCAAAAAUGUUUUGAUUUGAUAUCCCGUUUUCGUUGAGUACCCCCCCUGUAUAAUCUAGAUCAUUGCCACCGAGAUUCAUACAGAGUUUCUCUCGAGUAUGAUGCAACUGUCUCGCUUUCUACGAUUUGCGUUAUCGUCGUACGCGACUAAAAACGUUAUUGACGAGACUUGAUUGACGGAUCAAAAGGUGAAAGGUUCAAUCUACCUUUUUUUUUAUUUCUGAAUGCAUAGUGCUCGAAAUUAACUUAAUUAAU